UAAUUUUUUUUCUUUGCUGAAAUGGUCUUCAUUUGGCUUGUGGAAUUAAUGUUCCUUGAGGUGCUCGUUGGAUGUGUAAGCGGCAGAGUGUUUAUUACAGACAUGUAUGUAAUUAAAAAGUAAACCAUAUGUGUUCUGCUUACAUCUUGGACCUAUGUAGAUAGGUCUUACUCAUCGAAGUUUCCAGCGGCAUCGAUCUCAUUCAUGUUAUCACUUUACUGCUGUACUUCUCGCCAUCUUCAAUUCAUUGCAUGGGCGAUGGGCCAAAGCACUAUUUGCCCUUCUCACUCUCACUUCCAGGAAACCGAAAUCGAUAUCUGACCUUUUCUGACUUUCUUUGGAGGUUCGGGAUUCUUCAAUUCGAUCAUAUAUAUAUCAUACGUGACUGUCGUAGAGUAUAUUCCACCUUGAAUUAAUCUAUGGUAUUGAGCGGGACC